UGAAGUGCGAAAACAGAGUCCAUUCUUUCAGCGAAGGGAGGGUAUGGAAUUUCUUGCCUCCGAACCAUCCCAUCUCUCCUUCUCAUGACUUGAAUUCGUGGAACUAGAGAGAGAGCAGUCUCCGUACCUUCUUGAUCGAAUCUUGGGAACGGAGAAAGAAAGGGCAAUGGGGGAGAAGGAAGGGAACGGAAAGGAGUUUGAGGUACCAUGGGAGGCCAAGGAGCACGUCGAGGGUAUAGUGGCGUUGCCGAUGUUCGCCCGUUGCUCCAAGCGAGAGGUUUACCGAGCACUCAAGGACUGCCAGAUGGAGCUUGUUGACGCCGCGCCGAGACUCUUUAUUCCAGAGAUAAAGGAAACUGGGGAAGGGGAAGGAGGAGGAGAAGAGAGGGAAGGUAGAGGUGCCAAUGGAGUCAAAGGAGAAAGUCGAGCAUUUCUCGAUUGCCCCGAAGAGGUACCGAUGCCGAAGGAGAAAGUCGAGCCGUUACCGAUUGCCCUGAAGAAGAAGCAGAAGGAAAGAGAAAAGGCAGAGGUGCCGAUAAAGCCAAAGGAGAAAGUCGAGCCUUUCUUGAUUGCUCCAAAGAAGAAUAAGAAGAAGAUGAAGAGAGAGAAGAUGGAGGUACCAAUGGAACCAAAGAAGAAAGUUGAGCAUUUUCCGGUUGCCCCGAAGGAGGAGCAAAUGAAGAAGAGAGAAGGUAGAGCAUUUCCCGAUUGCCCCAAGCAAUUAACGAAGCACUCAACAGACAGGAAAUGGACUCCCUCAACGCAAUUCAUAAACCUCCUUGAGAAAGAGAAAGCAAAAACCAGAGCAGGGAUACCAGCAGAGUGGAAGGGGCAAGUCGAGAGUAUAAAGGAGAUUUUGAAGGAGACGGAACCCAAUUUAACCAAAGAAGAGAACUAUGAAAUGCUUGAGCAAUGCGAUAGGGACCCCAACCUUACCACUGAGAGACUCUUUGGAAAUUCUCUAGAAAAUUUGCUGAGAUGUUCCAUUCCAUCUAUCAGAAAUGAUUCACCUGACCCUCCCUCCUCACCAUUCCAUCGCAUGACAUACGGUUCAAUGGAGCGUCCAGCAAUGAUGUCAAUGAAUGCUCCACCUUUUGCACCAAGUGCUGCCGUUGAUCUAUUAUCUCAGACCCUUCUUCGAGGCUACAGUUUAUUCACUGGCCGUGAAUUUACACAUCCCCACAUAGAACCAAGCUACGAUCAGCCUCAACUGCCCCUGCAACAUGGUUGCAUGAAUCAUGAUGGGUAUAUGCAUCAGAACUUUGGAGAUGAUAUGACAUCUCCUCAACAAGAGAUGUAUCAAGGUGGCAGCUCAUCUCAGGCCAAUGCCGAUCCUUCUAGUUGGGGAAGCUUUCCAGGCAGAGGAAGUACCCCUCACCGAUUUCUGCCUAAUUCACCUGCCCCCUCUGAUACAUCCAUACCCCAGCUCAACUGUGCAUCACAUGUUCAGGUUCAGCACCAGCAAGGAAAUGAUUAUCACCCUAUUGGAACGAACUAUGACUUCGCUGUGCAGAACUAUCAGCCUGAUCCAGGAGCAAUGUCUGCACUCCCCGAACAACAACAAGGUGGCUUCCCCAGAUGGGUACCUCUACCUUGUGAUGGUAUUAACCAGCACCAUGAUAUGCCAUUGGCUCAACAAGAGCUGUAUAAAGGUGGCAGCUCAUCUAUUGCCAAUGGCAAUGCUUCUGGUUGGGGAACCAUUCAGGGCACAGGAAGUACAUCUUAUCAAUCUCCGCUAAUCCCACCUUAUUCACCUGCCCCUUUUAAUAUUUCCUGCACCGGCCAUGACUCCACAUUGCAAGCUCAGGACGAGUAUAUAAAUGACGAUAGCUUUUUCAUACUUCCUGCACCGGCUUUGACUCCACAUGGUAGCUACAUGGGAAUGGUGCCUCCGCCUGCUAAUGGGCUCGCUGGUGAAGGGUCAUCCCAGCAAUAUGUUCAUCAAGGCUACCCAACCUGGCACCAUCCUGGAAUGAGGAUCAGGCCAAACCAUCAGCAGCAAAGCCCACAUAAACCAAGCACAGGCAAUUUGCAGGACUUUUCAAAGAUGCAGCCACCUCAAGAUCUGAGACCAUAAUGCUGAUCACUGGUUGUUAUUCUGCAUUUACUGGGAGAGCUUUUGCAUAGAAUUUGAUAUAGGAGCAUUAGGGCGUGGCAAUAACAAUUGGGAAGAUGUGUUAGGUGCUUGCUUACCCAUUUUUACACACUACUGCAUCCCUUGAUUGGAAAGAAUGCACAGGUUCUUGCUUGUCCAUUUGUACAUACAAUACUUUUUUUUUAAGCCAGAAGUUAACUGUGCAUAUACUUCA